UGAUGCAUUUAGAGGAAACACAAAACCCGGGAUCUUUCUGUUUGGCGUGCUGCGUUGGACACCGGUAGAUCAGUCGUUGAAAUCGUCUCAAGACACGUUGUUUGCGACGUUGUAUUCGCCCUAUUAGCCGUCGAUUAGCUGUCCUUUGGCCUUUUUCUGCAUGGAGAACAGAAAGCGACCGCUGGACUCCGUGUUGAGCUCCAACGACCGCUUCAAAACCCCAGAGAAGAAGAGGCUGUCGCCGGUCCUGCUGCCGGGGUCUGACCUGCUGCAGUGGGGAGUGGAGGAAACCUGUCAGUUUCUGCGAAAGGAAGGUCUCGGGGAAUGGGAGAAUGCAUUUAGAGCACAAAGAAUCACAGGCGUUGGACUGCGCUAUCUCAAUGAUGCAGACCUGAAAACAAUAGGCAUAGAGUGUCUUGGUGUCCGCCUGCGCAUCCUGCACAGCCUCAGGAAACUCUGGCAAAUAGACACAGAGGCGAACAAGGUGUUCAAUGACCCCAUUCACGGCCAUGUGGAGUUGCACCCCCUCCUCAUCAAAAUUAUUGACACGCCACAGUUCCAGAGACUACGCAAUAUCAAGCAGCUUGGAGGGACAUACUUUGUUUUCCCUGGAGCAUCCCACAACCGCUUUGAACACAGUAUUGGUGUGGGUUAUUUGGCUGGACAACUUGUUCAGGCUCUAAAUGAAAGACAGCCUGAACUGCUGAUCUGUCAUAGAGACAUCCUAUGUGUGCAGAUUGCAGGGCUCUGCCAUGAUCUGGGACACGGACCCUUUUCCCACAUGUUUGAUGGCAUGUUUAUCCCUAAAGCCUGUCCACAAGUUAAUUGGAAGCAUGAGACAGCAUCUCUGGACAUGUUUGAUCAUCUCGUGGAGAGCAAUGGCCUGAAGGUUGUGAUGGAGGAGCAUGGCCUCGUGCUUCCAGAGGAUCUGGAUUUCAUAAAAGAACAGAUUGCAGGACCACUCAGCACUCAAACUCCAGGCCAGAAGUGGCCGUACAAAGGCCGACCUGAAGACAAGUCCUUCCUCUAUGAGAUUGUAGCCAACAAAAGGAAUGGCAUUGAUGUAGAUAAAUGGGACUACUUUGCCAGGGACUGUUACCAUUUGGGCAUUCAGAACAACUUUGACUAUCAGCGAUUCCUUAAAUUUGCCCGGGUGUGUGAGGUUGACGGGCAGAAGCACAUCUGCACCAGAGACAAGGAAGUUGGAAAUCUGUAUGACAUGUUCCACACCAGAAACUGUCUGCACAGACGAGCUUACCAGCACAAAGUGUGCAAUAUCAUUGAGACCAUGAUCACUGAGGCCUUUUUAAAAGCAGACCCAUACAUACAAAUUGAAGGUACUGAGGGGAAGAUGUUCACUCUCUCCACAGCUAUUGAUGACAUGGUGGCCUACACCAAACUAACAGAUUAUGUGUUUGAACAGAUCCUCAACUCCUCCUCUUCAGAGCUCCGUGAGGCGAGGGAGAUACUGCACAACAUCGUCUGCAGACGCCUCUACAAAUGUCUGGGACAAACUCAGCCAGACCAAACCGUGACUGUCAGCCAGGAGACCAUCAAGAUCUGGGAGCAAGAGUUAUCUGAAUCCACUCCUCAGAAUAGCAGCUCUGCUGUCAGUCUGCAACCACAGGACUUUAUCGUCAAUGUCAUUGUUAUGGACUAUGGGAUGAAGGAGAAAAACCCCAUCAACAAUGUGCGAUUCUACUGCAAGAAUGACCCAAAUAAAGCCAUCCAGAUCCGCAAAAACCAGGUGUCUAAACUUCUUCCGGAGCAUUUUGCUGAGCAGCUGAUCAGAGUGUACUUCAAAAAGACGGACAACGAGAGUCUGGAGGCGGCCAAGAAGCACUUUAUUCAGUGGUGCAUGAACAAGAACUUCUCAAAGCCUCAGGACGGAGACAUAAUAGCCCCCGAGCUGACUCCUCUUAAAGCCAGCUGGUGCAACAACAACGAAGGCGAGAACAGCGACGAGGCGAACCCAACAGAAAGAAACAAGAAUCUUGUGAACGGACAAAAGAAGAUCAAAACUCAGCUGUUUAAGAAAAAGUGAAAGAAUAACUUGCACUGUCUGCAUUUAUUAAUGCCAGGUGACAGAUAUUUACUUAUUUGGAAUGAUAAUGUUCACUUAGUUUUAUUUUUUAAGUUUGUGUUUAAAAAACCUUAUCAGUCCUAAUAUGUGACUGAAAUACUCAGGGCAGUGUGUUUUUGCACUGUUAUGAAUGUGUUUCAAAGCUCAGUUAUUGAGCUUUGUUCGUAUUCAUAACCCAUCUUUCAAUUUUCAACAAAGAACACCAAAGUCAACUAUUCUUGAGUACAAUUUAUUAUAUUUAAAUUAUUUUUUCUGAUGGCAUGUUUUCCCAUUGAUCUUUUAUUAUAUUUUUUAAUUUCUUAAAUGUUAAGUUACAAUGGUCAUCAUAGACUCCUAAUGUCACUUGGCAGUUGUUACAGAUCCCUUUACAUGGCUUUAAAAUUUCUAUUUAAAGGUCCCAUAAUAUAUUUUGAGGGUUUCUAUUGAAAGUUUUGUAUUUAGAAAAAAAAACAUCAUGUUACAAUGCUAAUAUAAACCUGACUCAGGUUUUAAAACAUGCAAUAAAAACGAAUUGCAAAGAGCAUCAGAUGUUGAACUUGCCUACAAACACAGAUGCAGCUCAUUGCAUCGAGACAUCCAGCCAUCCAUCCACUGCCAGAUUUCUGCCCUAUUCUAAUGGACAUGUUUCAUAUUUUGUUUAGGCUAUGCAAAAAUAGUAAGCGUGCCACAGUUCCUUUUUAGCAGCAUGCACAGUUCUGAUUUCCCACUUUUGGGUGUUCUAGUUUUCAGACCUCUGAACUUACUUGUUUCCCAGUAGAGAACUGUCCUUGAGAAUGUUUCCAGCUUUAGUGAGACGUCUGGAGGAAGCAAAGACUUCAUAGACUCCAUCAAGCUGGUUUUGAAUUCAUUUCUCUGUAGGAGUCUCAGGAGCUGCAGUCUUCUCUGUACCUGAACACUCCAGUCCAGGUCUAUAGCCCUGCAUGCUCACAAUGCUUGGCAAAUGAAGGUCAUGUGGUGGUUCCAGUACUACAUGUCAUAAGAGAAGCGGAGAUGCAGCUGCAUUUGCAGCCAGUAAAGGGCUGAAUUAUUUUCAACACUGGAGCUCUUUUUUUGUCUUGGCUAAGUAUUUUUUUUCUAAGCACUUUACUACCCUGUAUGACCCUAACCUAUUUUUUUCCAUUUUUUGUUCCUCAUUUGUUAGUUGCUUUUGAUAUAAGAAUCUGCUCAAACUAAAUGUUUUUUGCUGUCUAAGCAAAGGACAUUAAAAAAUCAUUGCAUCACCA